ACACUGAGGCCUUCCCCCUACACACUCAUACCAUUUGUAAAGACUGCUUUGUGCAUCGGCUGACUGUCUGGGCAGCUACUGAGCAGAGAGAGAGGGAGAGAGAGAGCGAGAGAGAGAGAGAGAAAAAGAGGAGAGAGAUGUUGGGAGGAGGGGGAGAGAGUUGGAAAGAGUAAGGGAAAGAAAUAUUGUAAAGAGAAGCAUUCCCAGACAGAUAGUGGAGAAGAAGAGGAGAUAAAGCCUAGCAGGGGGACGGUGCGGCAGAUCCAGCUAGCGUUUACCGGUGGUGUAGCGGGGCAGGGACGGUGCUGCAGGAACAGCAAAGGAAGCAGGGCUUUUGCAACAGUAAGGAAGAGAGGGAGUAGUCACUAAAGUGGCCGAGGGAAACUGAUGGGAUGGCAUUGAUCUCUGAGAGCUGCCGGCUCUUGGGCCAGAUGGUGUCUUGUUGCUGCAGACCGCUCCUCAGCUGCUCCUGCUGCCAAUCGCUCACCAAAGUCUGCCUCUCCUCCUUCACAGACAUCUCUCCUGCUGAGCUGGACGCUCUUUGGAGGGAACCACUGUACACUCUUGGGGGAACAAAUGAGCACUUCUCAGGAAGCAGCAACAUGACUCAAGGUGAGGAAGACGAUGGCCUCGCAGGAGAAUCAGGUGAAGGAGGCACUGACGACAACUACUGGAGGAAGAAAGAAGCCUUCCUUCGAGGAAGCAUCGUCUCAGUAGGAGAUAAACACUCUUCAGAAAUUGUGCUGCUGUUUACUGGGCGGAGGCGCUGCAGGGAUGAUCCCGACCAGGGCCUGCAGGAGGCGCUGCGCACGCGACUCAGAGUGGUGGAGAGUAACAGCAAAGAUGUUGCACAGCUCUUUAAGGACUUGUCUGCUCGUCUCGUCUCUGUCCACGCUGAGAAGGAUAGUUUUGUGCUCACUUUUAAGACAGUGGAGGAGAUCUGGAAGUUUUCUACGUACCUUUCAUUAGGAUAUGUGGCCCGUUGCCUGGAGAACUUCCUGUGUGAUCAGUCGUUCUGGCUGGACCCAGAGCUGCUGAGUGACUUGGAGAUUAAUGUGACGGUGGACGAGGAACAUCUGGCUACGCUCUAUCUGGGGCUUCUUCUUCAGGAAGGUCAGUAAAUAUCAACACAUACGUUUUUGAACCCACAGCCAAAAUAUCCCACAUAGAAGAAAUUCAUAGAAUCAGCAUCUAACGUCUUUAUUUAGGUUUUUUAGUCUCUGUAACCCGUUGAGUCUUAUUCUGUCUGAUGCAAAGAAAAAUCAAAGAGCCAUUGAUCUCAUACUAAAUAAUAGUAUCUACCAUCUGAGAUUAUUUUAAUCUAAUAAAUUCCACUGACACAUAUUACCUGCAUUUAAAUCCAUCUAAGCUAAAGACGUUGGUGUGGUUGGUGGUUUGAAGACCCGGACCUCCGUCUAGGCCUUUCAUGUGGAUGCCGGCCUGUGACCUUUCUCUGUGCUUCAUUCCUAGAGCUCUAACCCUGAUGAUGACACCAGUUUAUAAAUUAAACUAUUAAUGCUUCAAUUUAGCUUUAAAACUCCAGACAGUAG